CAUUGCAACAGUUUUGUAUUCACCUUUAGAAGAUUGCAGCCGACAGUAGUUAGCAGCGCAUCACUAUUUUGGGUCGUUUCGUCUGAAUUGUAAAAAAAAAUCCCAUCUCCUAAGAAUUAAAAUUUCGUGAUUGGUUAAAAUGAUUCACUUCAUCACAAAGGCAGCAAUGGUACGAAUGCCAACGCAUUCAUCGUUGAAAAACGUUCGAUUUUUGACGGAAACCAGUAAAACGUUUGGUAAGGUUCUUGCUACGCCAACACCGACUACCCAGUCAUCAUCAGCAUCGGCAACUCAACCGCAAACCAAUCCAGAUUUACAAAAAGCAUGGGAAAGUCAUGAUAUAACUGUGUCGAAUUGGGAUAAACGCGUUUUGGUCUCAGUUGGAAAAUACAAAAGAAUUGCUGAUGUUCCAAAGAAAGUAUCAUAUGAAACAAUUGAACACUCACGUGACCGAUUCCGUAUAAAAAUGGUCAUCUAUAUGAUGGUCGUAAGUGCAAUUAUUAGUUACGUACAAAUUGUUCGCGGCAAAAACGCACAUAAACGUGGCGAAAGUGUUGUGAACAACAACAUGGAAUGGCAUCGAAAAUACAACGAAGAAGCCGCCAAAAAGUAACGCCAAAUUGGAAUACAACGCUGGUCGAUAGCUGAAUUGAGGCAAUUUUUAAACACUUUUCAAUUGAUUCAUUUUAUUCAGCCUUUUCAUUUGUUUUUUUUUAAUGUUAUAUGUAAACUAAUGUUA